AUGUCUCUCAAUAAAGAACAGACUGAAAGGUUUAGAGACAGACACAUCAGACAGGAGUAUGAGCUUUUGCACUUGCUACCGGCUGUCGGAAUUCCAGAAUUGUCAGGUUUGUAUUUGAAGAGCUUUUACAAUAGUACCAAGAAAUAUCGAUUAACUCUACCGACGUCUAUUACAGAUGCAAAUUCGAAGUUUUGUGGUACAUGCGGUGUUCUCUUUGUCCCAACAUUUAAUUUGUCAAUGAAAGUGAUAACUCCAUAUGAUAAAGAUGACAAAGCUGCCCCUACUUCCCUCCAGUAUGAAUGCUUAAACUGUCGAAAAACAUCAAAUUUUGAAAUAGAAGUGCCGAAGAAGCUCAAGCACUCGCAUCAUGUGGAUGCAACUUCAGGAAAACUGAAAUCAGAGACCUUCCUGGAAGAUAAGAAGAAAGUAAUUAAAAGCUCAGCCAAAGAUAGAGCCAAAAAGAGAAAGAUGAAUUCCCUCUCGAACCUUCUCAAUAAAAAAAAGAAAGAGGAUGAAAGAAAAAGCAAGAAUCAAGGUUCUUUAUCAUCUUUGUCACUAGACAGUUUCAUGAAAAGAUAA